AUUGUGGAGGUUGAGUUAUUGAGAUUUUUCUGUUUUUUUUUUUCUUCAUUUGGUUUCAAUUUAAUUAGUUGAAUAAUUCUUCUUCUUCUUCUUCUCCUCUCUAUUUUCUUCCUUUUUUCCAAUUUCUCUUUUCUUCUCGACGAUCGCCGGAGAUUCAAUCGGAAAAUUCAUCAACUGUUUAUGGAUUGCAGAAGCAGAUCCCUAUCAGCAUCGCCGUCCGCCGUCUCCGCCUCCGUCAACAACCAAUAUCCGAUUCUUCAGUUUUCAUCUCAACUCUCUAAUCCUUCAUAUACUCCUUUCACCCCGUGGAUACGAUACCUCCGGUUCAGUUUUUCCUGAUUUAUCUUUCAAUUUAUUGUAUUCGAAGAGAACUCCAGAAGUUUAAACGCCUUCAACCUAUCAUUUUUUUCAAAAUCCGGAGCCAAAACUUAAACUUGAAUUAAGGAGACACUUAUUAAAUUAUAGCCAAGAAGAGGUGGUGGUGUGGCACUUAAAAUGAUUUAAGUGCUUUCCAUGUCAACUUAAGAUGGCUGCUUCUACGAGUGUGACAAGUCCUCUACAUAAGAAGAUGUCUAGGAGGAGGGCUAAGACUUCUGGUUGGGCAGCAUUUGACCUUAAUGAGAGACUGAAGCAACAAAAUCUUGAGCCAGAGCCUGAGAGAGAAACCUUCCCCCACUUAUCCGUUCCCUCCACUUCCUUAAGGGGUCCAUCUCAAAGCAUCGCAAAGAACAGUGGAGCAACUCUAGAGAAGCCCUUUUCAUCCUUGCUGCUACCGUCUGUAAGUUUUCCAUCUUUAAUGGCUAAUAAAGAGUCUGAUGCAAAUCAUAGUCAAGUUGGCGAUUCUUGUUUCAACCGGAGUGAUGGUUUUAUCCGAGAAAGAGGUUUUCUUGAGGUGUGUCAAAAGCUGAAAGAGCUCCAGCCAUGGGCUGAUGACACCUUGAUCGCAGAUGUCAUGGCUGGUGUAAAUGAUUUCAAUAAGGCCUUGACAUUGUUAGAAACAAUGGUAUCUCCUGAUCAUACAUAUGUUGCACAUGACAACAGAACAACUCCAGAAGAAGCAGAUACUCCCUGCAUACAAAAGCGUAAAGACGUAGACACCGAUACUAAAGGGGUGAAGUCUAGUAGUAAGGAUUCUCUCAUGAAUAUUAGUAAGUUUGCUGCUAAUACAGGUGUGUCAUUGACAAACAACGUGGAUCUGGAUGAAUUGAGGCAUGCACUUGCUAAGUGUCUUCAGAGCAACAGUCAAGAACUAAUAAAUAACUGUGUUCCUCACAAGAACAAACUUCAUUUUGAUGGAGCAGUGGGGAGUAUGAGCUUUGUACCGGUCGAGCCUGAAUGGGAAGAGGAUGAUAUUUACUCGAUCCAUCGGAAGGAUGCGGUGAAAAUGACGAGGUCAGCAGCCCGACAUUCUAAGGCUGCCAGUGAGGCCUAUCUCAGAGGUGACCACUUAUCUGCCCAACAUUUUUCUCUAAAAGCCCAAGAAGAGUGGGUUGCUGCUAAUAGGCUAAAUGCCCAGGCCGCAAAAGAAAUUUUGACUACCCGCAACGGUAAGAAUGAUCAAUGGACACUGGACUUGCAUGGUCUUCAUGCAAAAGAGGCAGUUCAAGCCUUACAAGAACAUUUGCAAAAGAUUGAAUCUCAGGUGGCACAGAAUCUUGUUGGCCAUAUGAAUCAAGUGAACUUGAAGCGCAGCUUAGGAGCUGCUGUCUCUAUUGAUGUGGAGAAUGAGAGCAAAGGGUCCCUAUUGAAUAAGCAGCGGCCAGCUUUCUUAGAGGUCAUAACAGGUAAAGGUAUUCAUAGCCGGGGACAAGCUGCGCUUCCAAUGGCUAUAAGAAGCUUUCUCGUGGAGAACGGAUAUCGUUAUGAGGAGACAAGGCCCGGGGCGAUCACAGUUAGACCCAAGUUCCGACCACGAUAAAUAUGUUCAUAUGUAUAUUUUGGGUCCCAGAUUUAGUGCAUUUGUUUCUGUUGCUAUCAACUUUGUCCGAGAGAUUGUGAGUCUUGAACUGGUCUGAUAAAAACGACCAGAAACCUGUUGUGGUUUUA